ACCACAGACUACAUACACAAAAUAUCCCCCCAGGGGGUAUGUUCUGUGACUACAUACUCAGUCCACAUUUCAGUCUUUAUCUAUGAUAGUGAGGUUAAAUAAAAUAGAUUGAUAACGCCAUAUUUUUAACAUGUAAAUUGUUUAUAUUUAAAGGAAUUAUCCGACUUACAAAAAUGAACCUUAGAACAAAUAGUCAAUAUGGUAACGGUCUCUUGUCUGUAGGGUUCAAUCAAGAUCAAGGCUGUUUUGCAUGUGCAACAAGCACAGGCUUUAGGAUAUACAACUGUGAUCCUUUGAAAGAAAAAGUUCGUCAAGAUUUCGAUGAUGGAGGGUUGAGCCAUGUAGAAAUGCUCUUUAGAUGUAAUUAUUUGGCCCUUGUGGGCGGCGGCGACAAGCCCCUGUACCCUCCCAAUAGGGUCAUGAUUUGGGAUGAUCUCCUCAAAGCUACACCAAUCUAUCUUGAAUUCAACGAUCCUGUACUUGGUGUUCGCUUGAGAAGAGACAGAAUUGUAGUUAUUUUAGAUGGUGUUAUUAAAGUGUAUACGUUUACACAAAUUCCCACGCAAAUACAUGUAUUUGAGACGAGUUCAAAUCCUAAAGGUCUCUGUGUUUUAUGUCCAAAUAGUAAUAACUCUAUCUUGGCGUUUCCUGGCAGGAAAACUGGAUAUGUGCAGCUUAUAGAUCUGGCUAACACAGAGAGGUCCCCUAUGGAUAUAGCUGCACAUGAAGCCAACAUUAGCUGCAUUUCCCUGAACUUGCAAGGCACUCGAUUGGCUACUGCUAGUGAAAAAGGGACUUUGAUUCGAAUUUUUGAUUCAGCAUCUGGUGAAAAACUUCAUGAACUUCGUAGAGGUGCACAUCAAGCAAAUAUCUACUGUAUAAAUUUCAACAGUUCAUCCACGCUUCUUUGUGUGUCCUCUGAUCAUGGCACGAUUCACAUUUUUGCCCUCGCCGACUUGAAGCUGAAUAAACAGUCAAGUUUAGCGAAUACCAUGUUCUUGCCCAAGUAUUUUUCGUCCACGUGGUCUUUCUGCAAGUUUACUGUUCCAAGUGGACCUCCUUGCAUAUGUGCCUUUGGACAAGAUAACAAUUCUAUUAUUGUUGUUUGUGCUGAUGGUUCAUACUACAAAUUUGCCUUCAAUUUUAAAGGCGAAUGCGUGAGAGAACAUUGUGCUCAAUUUUUGGAAUUAACAGGUGAUAAUUUGUAAUUGGGGGAUACUAAUGAUUGAAGUGAAUAUAUUUUGCUCUUUCUAUAUCUGUUCUUGUGAUUAAAUUAGAUACCUUCGUAGCAAAGGUAAUACAACGUAUUGAGAGUCUGCUAUUAGAAUGUAAGUAAAAAUUAUUAUGUACUGUUUCACAAUUUUGUAUUUAAUAAGGAAAGAAAAGAACAUUGCGUAAUUAUCAAGCCAUGCUUUCAUGCCGAAUCAUCUAUCAUGGGUGAUGCCAAUUCUGACUGAAUUGACACCAGGCUGAUAGAUAAUUCGACAUGCUAGAUGUUUGCAUGACUGAAAAAAUGUUAAGAUAAAUUCACAAUCUAUAAAAACACAAGAUAUUUAAAGUGUAUAACCUUUGUUGUCUGUUAUCACACAGUUUGACUAAUAGUUAAUAUUUACGUGAUGUCUAAUUUAUUGAGCUUAUAAAGUAAUGUAACUUUCACUCUGCUAGUAAAUAAAGAAUUUAAAAACUGUUGCAAAUACGGUGUAACACUGAGUAUGUAAUAGUCUGAGAAAAUGUUUAUACUCUCAGAAUGUGUUCGAAUUUGUGACUAGCAGAUUAAUCGUUUGUUUGUAGUAAGAACAGUUUUUGAUUUAGCACUGCACCAGCACUUUCUAAUAGUGCAAAAAUGAAAUGUAUUAUCGGUUGAUAGUUGUAAAACUCAAAUAAAGUUACUAUUUUCAUUUAA